ACUUAUGCUCACAACUAUUUUAGGCAGUUAAACUCAUUUUUCCUGUUCAAUGAACACAUUUUAUGGAAGCUAGUACUGUUGUUUCCCUAUAUAGAAGAUAGAUUUUGAAUAUCUGAAGAGAAAUUAAAAUGGACCGACCAAGUGCGGCUGAAAGAAAAGUCGAGCUAAGCAGAGUGAGGUUAAAAAGCUUGAAGAUAGAGCUAAAGCAAAGAAUGGAAUGAAAGCUUUAAGACUUAAAAGAAAAGAUAAUAAGAAAUUAAAGAAAAAAGAAGCUGAAGCUUCAAAACUGAGAAUGAGAAAAAUGAGAGAGAAAAAGAAGUCUGUGUCCUCUUUGAGCCAACAGCCUACAACCAAAGCAUAUUCAACACCACAAUCAUUAGGAAAAGCAGUGAGAAGAAUUAAAAAAUCUUUGCCAUGUAGUCCAAGUAAAAAAGCAAGCAGUUGUGGAGAAAAUAGCUUCAGACUUGGGACUUAUAAUUCCAUCUACUAAACCUGUAAAGAAUUAUGGCCUUUCUAAAGAUACUAAAGAGUGUGUAAAAGUAUUUUACUAUCGAGAUGAUAUUACCAGACAACUUCUAGGAAAAAAAGAUGUUAAAUCAGUUUUAAAUCCAGAGGCAAAUAAAAGAACACUUUUGCAGAAACGGCUGCUAAUGUACAACUUAAAAGAUGCUUUUCAAUUGUUCAAAAUUGAUCAUCCUAAUAUUGAAAUAGGAUUGUCAAAGUUUUGUGAGCUUCGACCCUCAGAAGUAGAAACUGUCGGAUGUAAAGAUCAAGCAGUUUGCUGUUGCCCAUAUUGUGAAAAUUUUGCCUUUCUUCUAAAAGUGUGCAAAUGGAAAAACAAUAAUAUUAAGACAGCAAAUGACAUAUUUGAUUUAAUUGUUUGCAAUAAAAAUAAUGCUGAUUGUAUGAAACAAAAGUGUAAAAAUUGCCCAAUGCAAAUUAAAAAAAUUCAUUGAUGAGGAAUUGGAUUUAAAUGAAGGUAAAGUAUGUGUAAAUCAAUGGAACAAAGGAAAAUUAGAAGAAAAUGUUCUUGAAGCUAAAAAAAUCAUUGAAGAGCUGAUUUCACAAUUAACCACCCUCUUAAAGCAUAUCUAUAAUAUCAGUCGCCAAGCAAAAGAGAUCAGAAAACAAAAGGAUAGUUUACUUCCAGGUCAGCUGUUAAUGCAGAUCGACUUCUCUCAAAAUUACGAAAUUAAACACCAGAAUGAAGUGAUGGCUGCUCACUGGAAGACUGACCAAGAUUUAUCUGUAACAGUCUACACUGCAGUCGUUUAUUUCAGAUAAGUAGAAGAUAAAAAUUUGGAAACUAAAUAUUAUGCUGUGAUAUCCGAUUGCAAUUGGCACACUUCUGCGAUUGUUAAAAUCUUCAAUAAAGCAAUAAUUGAAGACAUUAAAAAAAUGGUGAAUUUUAAAAUUACAAGCAUAAACAUUUGGUCGGAUGGUGCCGCAGCACAUUUUAAGAACAGGUACCGCAUGUCAUUGAUGUUUUCUGAUGCGUUAUAUGUUGAAUGGAACUUCAGUGCUUCAUACCAUGGAAAAGGGCCACAUGAUGGCAUAGGGGCUGUUUUGAAGCGGCAUGUGUGGAAAAAGGUGUUGCAAGGAAAAACAAUAAUUAAAAAUGCAUUUGAAUUUUUUAAAGAAGUAGCAAACAGAUCAGACACAAAUAUAACAUGCCUUUUUAUUGAAGAAAAAGAAAUCUUACAAGAACUGGUUGAUAUCGAAAAUGGAUUUGAGUCCAUAAAAGAACUGAAAGGCAUACAGUCUUGUCACUGUGUGAGGAAAACAACAAGCUCAUUUGACGCUGACAUGUUUUUAAACACUGGAGAUGAAAUCCCACUCAGCACUAUACCCAAUCUGAUGGAAACAAAAGUGAAUUGUUCUUUAACUGGUGGAGCAAUUUCUAUUGAAUUGGAGAAUUACUACAGCAUAUUUUAUGAUGAUAACUGGUAUAUUGGUAGAAUAAUUGAGUUUGAUAAAAACUCAGAAAUGUGCAAAAUAAAGUUUUUGCAUGAGACUGAUGUAGGUUUUAAAUGGCUAAGUGCAGAUGAUGUGCAAAUGAUGGAAAAGAAAUUUAUUUUAUCUGGUCCCAUCCAGCUAAUGGGAAACUUACCUUUCCAUAUAAACUACGAAACUAGAAGGAACAUUAGUUUCCUAUAUAAAAAUAAGAAAGGACUACGAUUAAAUUAAUUUCUUGAAUCUCUAUCUCAGUAUCCAAAUG